GAGGACAUGCAGUUAAACAACUUGAUUGUGUUUUAUAUAAUUUAAAAGGAACAUUUCUCCUCAUACAAUUGAUGGGUGCAUUUGAUCUCUGCUACCUAUCACCAUACAACAUGACAAAAUCACAUAUGGAAAAAAUGAAUAUUGGGCUCAGGCUGGAAAGGGUUAACCAUCGGAGUUUGUAUUUUGAAAUCUGACGAGUAACUGCCAUACCCCCACAUAUAGGCUAACUACAGUUUUUAUAUGCCAUCCUCAUUGAAAGACAUCUGAGGGCAAAUAAAUCUGUUCUUAGUCUAAUACAUUCCGCAAGUAAGUUAAUGUGGUAUUGUGAAGCUCAGUCAAUUAGAGGACUCAAUGUAACGUUGACUAACUGACCCUAAUAGAAUGAGAGGGGGAAAUGUCGUAGUACCACUACUGACAGUGAAAGAUGAAACUACUGUAAAACUGCAAUUCAUUUCACACAUUGAAAAGGUGCAUUGACUGGUGAGAAAGUCGUCUGUGCUAAACAUAUCAACAUUGUAUCAAAAUCAUUCGUAUAUAUUUAGACAGAGAAGUCAGACAGGGCAUAUCUGCUACAAAAUGUCCGAACCCUCUCACUACAUUUGUUCUGAAAGAAUACUUUAGGCAUAGGCUAUUUGAUUGCAUGACAUUGUCAAAUUGCAUAAAAAGUAUUUAUACUUUUUCUUUUUUUAUUUAAAGACAGUGCAGACUAAUCACAUGAUGGGUGGGGCUUGUAAUCUACUAAGCAUGAUCUGCCUUUCUAUACAGCUAUCAACCACCAUCAACGAUGUUGCUAAGCAACUGCCUGUUUUUUCUUUUCUUAUGUGCUGGGGUUUGUGUUCACCAAAAUACUUUUUCACAUAGUCUGAUUUGAUUAAGUUAACUGGGCACUUUUUAUGUCCUUGGUACUAGUGUUAUUUGGCCUGAGGUCAGUGUCAUUCAAGUGACCUGUAUUUUAGGUGGUCUUGUCCUGCUCUGUCAAAUGGAUGGAUUUGUCCUUACAGAACUCCUGUAGGCGACAGGCUCAUCCACUGUUGUUCCUCUGUAGUGAUCAUGGAGACUAAAGCAAAUGGCUCUGUGGACAUCAAAAGCCCUGUGGAAAAUGGUCAGCUUCCUGACCCUGCCCAGUGGGCCGUCGCUGAUGUUGUCAAUUACUUUAAAGCGACUGGAUUUGAGGAACAAGCAAAUGCUUUUCAGGACCAGGAGAUUGAUGGCAAGUCCCUUUUAUUAAUGACUCGCAAUGAUGUCUUGACGGGCCUGUCGAUAAAGCUUGGACCUGCACUGAAAAUCUACGAGUAUCAUGUGAAGCCCCUGCAGACUCAACAUUUGAAGACCAAUGUGUCGUAGCGCUGUGAAGAAGGACCCUCCGAGGAGAAGACAAUCAUCUGACUGUGAGGAUACUGCAGGGUUAUACUUUAAAUGAGCGAGGACACAUCUGCUUCUUGCACAUCAUAUCAUCAGACACGGAAGCAUCAGCUGGACACAGAAGUGGCAGCCUGGACAGAAAUGGGACUACUGGAUAUUUUGAAGGAGGACGUUUGCAGUAUGUGUUGUAGGCUACUGCUUUGCUCUUCUUGUUUGGUCAUUAGAAAUUAUGUAAAUAUUUACUUGUUUAUUUUAAGUUAUGACUGUCUUUAGUCUGUGUGUGUGAGUGUCUGAGUGUGUGUUUGUGUGUGAGAGAGAGAAAGAGAGAUUGUGGUGCGUAAGGAUUUGUGUUUCUCAUGUGACACCCAGGAGUCAAACACCAUAUUGCACGUUGUGGUGAUCCUGAUUUAUUGCAUGCAGUUCUCCCAACCUGGAUGGGUCUGAAAGCUGAAUCUCAGAUUUCAUUGUAAAUACCAGGGAUGUUGGGAUUUGCUGUUUAUUUUACUUUUUAUAAAAGAUGUGAGUGCAGUUUUGUAUCAGAGAUAUCAAAGAUAUAGUGAAAGCCAUAGCCUCUAAAAAUCUGUGGUCUCACAAGGGAGUUAUAGAUCAGUAAUGUAUGAUAUCUGAUCGGAUCAGUGGUGCUAAUUUAUCUCAGAAGAGUACUUUACAUGGUGACUAUAAUUUGAGAUCACUCCGUUAGUUGUGAUUUCUUUUCAUUUUGUAAUAGAUUGCAAGUCUCGCAACAUCUUUUAAUUUAUGGCCAAAAAUGGAUAAUUCAGACAUUCAUGAAAUGUGUGAAAAAAUCUGAGAUAAAUAAUGUUGUUUGUAUAUUUUUGUUUAUUUUGGUUGGCAAUAUAUCUGUCCUUGGUGCAGUUGUUUAUGAUCUGUUGAAUGUGUUGCCUCUUCAGUUGACUGCUGGGCUCAGUUCCCUUGAGUAAUCAUUUGUUUUGACAGGACUACAAUUGUGUUGAUUUUGCAGAUGUUGACAAAUCAGGAACUAUAAAUGGAAUUUAUUUGAUAUGA